AUCUCGCCAACGAAUCCGUUCUCUUAAAAGGGCAACACAUUUUCCCCAUCAAUCCCACCCUUAGCACCAAAGUUUCAAUUUUUAUUCUUCCAUGGCGUUCUCCGUUGCCCGAAUGCCCGCCGGCAAUCUCUGCUUGCCGGCGACAGGAGCUCGCCGGAGACAAUCGCCGAUCCUCGAUCGGUGGGACAGACGACAUGCCUGUGAGAUGAUCGCCACCAUCGAACGGCAGAGUCAUGAAGCCGAGCUCUCUGCUCUCUCCAAUCUCCGCGCCUCGUCUCUGAUACAGAUGUGGAGGGAGAUGGAGGCCGAGGCCAGUCCUCGCGGCGGCGCGGCUUCGACAGCGGCGGAGCUGGUGUUCGGCGGGUCGGAUGCGGAGAACGAAAGGGAAAGAAAAGGGGUUGGGAAGAUGGUGAGGUCGAUGAGUCUCAAGAUGUCGUCUUGGACGUCUUCAUCGAGCGACGAGUUGGAAAUGAUGGCGGGGACUAAAGAGCAGUUUCAGAAUGGGCUGACGGCGGCGAAUUUGCCGGCGUUCGGCGGUGGAGGGAAAGUGGUGAGGGUGAGGGGAAGGAAGGAGAUGGAGGGGUUGGUGAUGAGGAUGAAGGAGGAGAGGCUGAGAGAGAUCGCGGAGCUUGCUGAGGAACAGAGAGUCUCUCGAUUCCCUUUCCGCGGGAAGAUUCAGUCAUUGAUUAGGCUAAGAUUCCUCCGACAACAAGCAGCAGCCACCAAAGACCAACACCAACGGUCAAUAAAAUUUGAAUCUGAGGAAUUACAGGGAGGAUCAAACGGUAUAUUCUUGAGGGAAAUAACUCAAGAUAUAACUCAGCAUUAUGCAAACAAAAUUGAGUCAGAGGAUCAUACGACUGAUUUUCAAAAUUCAGAUUUUGGCAUUUCAGUCAAUCCUUCUGAAACUGAAGAAAGUCAGUUCACAGAAUUAUUCAGAGCAGAGGAUCUUCAAAUAGAAAACCAGAAAUCUGAUGCUUCUAGCAAUGAGAGAAUUUCAUGGGAAAAUUCAACUGAUUCAAAACUACCCGAUGAUUCAUUGCAAAUCUAUCAAAGAGAGAUUUUGAUAGACGAAACUGAGAAUUUCACGCGCUCUAACUGGUUAUUCGAGCAGAGUUUCGCCGAAAACGUCGAAAUCCGAGAGCUACUUGACAGGAAAACUGUUUCGAAUUUCCUUGCUGGCGAGUUAUCUCACAAAUUGAACCAGCUGAUUAUGUCAUUUAUAGAAAAAAAAGGUUUGCAGUAUGAUGAUAAGGGAAGAGAAGGGUGUGAAGAAGAAGAAGAAGAAGAAGAAGAAGAAGAAACAAUGUGGAGGCGAAAUUAUGAGGAUUUUUCUGAUCAAGAUCCUUCUGAAUCAUUUAUGCAAAAUUCGUCGGCAAGCGGGAAAGACGAGGAUGCUAUGAAUGAUAUGAGAGAUGGUUUUGCACAAAUACAGAGUGAACUUUCUGAGCUAAGAAAGAUGGUGGAGAGUUGUUUGGAAUGGCAGAAGAGGAUAGAUUUCUCUAUCAAUGAGGAGUUUUCUUCUGCUAUUAAUCAAUCAGUGAAUACAGUUAAAAGAGGGAAAUCUUCACAUAAAACCAAAUGGAAGGACAGUUGUUGCAUCUGCUGUGAAGCCCAAGUUGACACAGUAUUAUACAGAUGUGGGCACAUGUGUGCCUGUUUCAAGUGUUCUCAAGGUCUGCAAUGGAGCAAUGAAUGUGUAGUGGCUCAAAGAAAAAGAAAACUAAUAAAGUUCUGGAAUACGAAUCAUACAAAAUGAAGCCCAAUUUUGAGGAUGCAACACCUUACCAACCAUUCAGGUUUUGAUAGUUUUAGUUGUAUGUAUCUGAUUUUCUUUUGCUAAAUAUAUCACAUUGCAGUUCCUGGCCAACAAGGUAGUGAUUACUAGAAAUAAUAUCAAUUUCUAUUGU